GUCGGUGGCGGACCUUUUAACGGUUACACUGGUCAUGCUCAGCGUGCUGGCCAAGAGCGUCGGGCAAGACCUCUUUUGGCUGCAGUGGAUCGACAUCUUCGUCCACUUGCCCCUUGGCUCGGUGAGCACAACGGCCUCCAUCGUGACGUUGAUGGCAGUAACACUGGAACGGCUGCUGGUCAUCCGCCAGCCGAUCAGAAGCCGGCGCUGGAGGACCACAAGGAUCGCUAAUAAAAUAUGUGUCGGAAUCGUCGUCUUCAGCGUAGUGUUCAACGCGCCUUAUUUCUUCAGUUACCGCAUCGACGAUGGCGUCAUUGUCAGGACCGAAUUUUCGGCAUCAGGGUACUACAACGUUCAUAACUGGCUGCGUCUGAUCCUCCUCGCCAUCACACCUGGCGUGUUCCUGCUGGUAGGAAACCUGCUCUUCAUCUUAUCGUUGUCGAGUUUCGGCCAGAAUUUCAGCCGCGGAACCGAGUCUGGCGACGCGUCGAACUCGCCGCCCGUCAGCAACUUUCAAAACUCGAGCCCUGAGCCCGAAUCGAGGAUAAAAAAAGCUCAAAGCCCCACGCUUGGAAAUAUCCCGAAUGAAGGCCAAGUCGCGAUAUUUCAAACGGGAGGGCAACGCCGGUCUACGUUAGCCUCGCUGAGUAAUACUGAAAUAAUGGUGCACAUUCGCUUGCUACAAAGGGAACACGUCUCUGAUGAUCAUGACGGAAAAUGCAGCGGGCACGAAGACGAAUACAGACAAUCAGUGACCAUCAACUUUCGCAAAAUUAAAUUCUGUGAGAAAUGUAAGAAAAUACAGAAGGAAAAUGUUGCACAGAAUUUUGUAUUCGGUACAUGCACAUGCGACAUCAAAAGAAGCAUUUCUCUGCCUUCUUGCUUCGUCCAAAUGAAACAUGACUGUCUCGAUGACGUUAGGAAGGAGAAAAACAAGAAUUUCCUGAUGUCACCUCGUUCGUCUUUUUUUGCCUCGAGCAAGAGAAGGUCUAAACAAAGACGAUCUGAAAGGCACACAUCCAACACGACGCUUGGUGAGCAAGCGAGUCAGGCUCAUAUGGUUCUUCAAACUCCUGGUGACGAUCCUGAUGUCGCUGCAUUACUCAGCAAACUUCUUCCUUUACCUGGCCCUGAACAAACGCUUCAGCAGGCAACUACGUCUCAUGUACGGCGUCUGGACCAGAGACCGAAGCUCUAA